AUCAAUCAACUGGGAGGUGCCAUGGUGGAAAAUACUACUGCCAUUCAACGUGUGAAGGAUUCAACUCCUGUCAAUGGUGCCCAACAAACUACAGGAGAAAAGAAAUCAUUUACACCAUAUUCAGAAGACCAAUAUAAUUCAAAUAAUGAUUUUUACGUAGAUCCUGAUCAUCUAACACUAUGGCAACAUCCAGUUACUACAUUGAAUUAUUUCUUUCGAGAAUUGUUUGUUAAUUUACUCAGUUUAGGAAAAAAAACAUUGCAUUACAGAAGAAUAGUCUGGACUAUAAUAUCGAUAACUGCAUUGUUUCUGAUGUUCAGUAGGAUUGUUGGUCCACACCAAGAGAUUUUAAAAACAUGGGAAACAAAAGUGCUAUGGUGGUUAUAUUGGAUAGGUUUAGGUGUUCUUUCCAGUGUAGGCCUUGGAACUGGCUUACAUACUUUCGUACUUUAUUUAGGACCACACAUUGCAGCUGUUACUAUGGCUGCAUAUGAAUGUGGUGCUCUUAAUUUCCCUGAACCACCAUAUCCCGAUCAAAUUAUAUGCCCAACUACAAUUGAUCCAAAGUGGACAGCAGGGAUAUUAAAUAUUAUGAGAAAAGUACGUAUAGAAGCUAUGCUUUGGGGUGCUGGCACUGCUCUUGGCGAACUACCACCAUAUUUUAUGGCUAGAGCUGCUCGAACUAGCCGACAAAAUAAUAGGAAUGAAAAAUUUGAUCAAGAAGAUUUGAAAGAGUUGGAAGCUUUAGAAGCUUUAGAAAAUGGUGAAAAUGUAUCAUUGCUGAUUCGCGUAAAAAUAACUAUGAAACAUUUCGUACAAAAAGCAGGUUUUUGGGGAAUUCUUGCCUGCGCUUCGAUUCCCAAUCCAUUAUUUGAUCUCGCCGGCUUGACAUGUGGUCAUUAUCUAAUUCCUUUCUGGACAUUUUUUGGCGCUACACUUAUAGGAAAGGCUGUUAUAAAAAUGCAUAUUCAACAGCUUGCAGUAAUAAUAGCAUUUAAUGAGGAGCUGCUAGAUAAAUUUAUCAAAUUAUUGGUAAUUAUACCAUAUGUUGGUUCAAAAUGUCAAGAGCCUUUGAAAAAAUAUCUUAUUCAACAAAAACAAAAAUUACAUGAUAAGUCAUCCACGGAUGGAACAACGACAAUUUCAUGGUUAUUUGAUAAAUUUGUAAUAUUGAUGGUUUGUUACUUUUUAGUGACAAUUAUUCAUGCACUCGCAAGGAACUAUCAUCGUAAGCGUACUAAAAUAUCUACCGAUUAAAAGUAAACGACUAUAGGAUAUACAAUGUAAACGUAAAAUGAAUUAUUAAACAAAUUGCGGAUGAAAUUGCUGUUAUAGCACGAUAUAAAUAAGGCAUUACAGAUAAUAAUUCGGCCAAAUUUUUGAAUGCACAAGUCCAUUUCUGCAGUGUAAAUAAACUGUCAAGAUUAAAGAACAAAAUGUUUAAUUUUUUUUUUAAUUAUACGUUUGGUAAAUGAUUUCUUAACACUGGAAAUACGUUCGCGAGUAUGGAUUGGAUGUGUAUGUACAUGAAUCUGUACAUAUAUACGUAUGUUAACAUAACUUGACAUAAAUUUUUUGAAGAUACCGCAAUUUACAGUUUCAGAAUUCUUUGUAGAACUUAUAAUAUCCAAAACUGUGUAUAAUGUGUCUAAGUGUGACGCAAGUCCAUAUAUGGUACAUGUACUUUUUAUAAGAAUUAUAUAAAUGAUUAUAUUAGGUAUUAAUAAUAAUCAUUAAAUACAUUUAUCAGUAUUCCAUAUAAGGAAAGUGGAGAAAUAUUUCCAUAACGUAGUGUGUAUGGAAUUAAAAAAUCACUUUUGACUGUUGAUAAAAGUUCUUUUUUAUUUCUUUUUGCAUAAUUUCCUUUGUUUUUAUACUUAAAAGCGCAUAAAUCUAAUUCGAUAAUUCUGAUUAAUCUUUCCAAUACGAAACGAGGGAUACAUACAUAACAAAUUAUUUAGGGAACAAUAAUUAAGUUCCUUGUUUAUGUUUUUAAAAUGACAGUAAUGUGCAACAUUUGUAUAUGUAUUAAACAAAUUUGUCAUGAUUUGAUAUAAAUAAUUACAUUUGUAUAACAAAUGAUUGCUCCAGUUGAUAAAUUGAAUAAUUUUUAGUUAAUAAUACUGAAUCAUUCUUCAUAUGGAUCAUUUUUAAUUGUAUACCUCUAUUAUAUAUAAACAUUUCCCCUUUUUCCACUGUAAUGCAUUUACUAAAUACAUGUGUUGAAUUUGUAAUUUAUGCAUAUUUUAAAAACAAAAUUAAAUAUACCUUGGAGAUAAAACGUU